CAACUCACAUCCGGAGGAUUGUUUACUGUUUUGGUUUGGUUACGCUAUGUUCAAAACAAUAUUAUCCUCCAAGUUUCUUCUCACGUUGAUUGAGAAACAUCCAGAAAUCAAGUGAAUUUCAUUUAAGAUUUCAAAAUAAGGAUAUCUGUGUGAAAAUGAGUUUUCUACUUCAAGAGCUGCUCUAGUUUUAUGCUGUAAAUAACAUCAAAAAUGGCAGAUGCCGAAUUACGGAAUAUGAUUAUGAACUUUAGAGUUAGUGAUUUGCAAGUACUGUUGGGUUUCGCGGGUCGAAAUAAAACGGGUAAAAAACAAGAAUUACAAGCUCGGGCUUUAGAUUUACUUAAACUUAAUUCACCCGCUGUGAAUAUGAAGGUACGAGAACUACAUAAUCGACGAUAUCAUCAUCAGUUAAUGAGACCAAACAGCUACGAAAUGGCUGAAAGACCAUUAAGUGAAGCUCCCAUGAAUCCUUACGACCUUCAUAUGAACAACAAUUAUGCUCCUCGAUGCAAUCCAAAUGUUAGGCCUACUCCAGUCCAUCAAGGACCCAGUUCCAGUUAUUCUUCGUCAGGAAAAUCGUAUGUAGCUUCGCAUCCGAACACAAAUACUCAGCCGCAUUAUAGUACGUAUUCCGACGUUAAAUUCAAAGAAUUGCCAUUCUAUGACAUAAUGUAUGUACUUGUAAGACCUACUAGUUUAGUUGCUGAUCCAUCAGAGCGAUAUCAAGAAACCUCUUUUUAUUUUACACUAACACCGCAGCAAGCUCAGGAUGUAGCUAUAUCCAAAAAUGCUAGUGGGAACUAUGAAUGCCAAAUAUUGCUCAGAUUUUGUUUGCUGGAUGUGAGUUCUGAGCAGGAGGAUAAUUUUCCUCCCAGCAUUUGUGUCAAAGUAAACUCUAAAAUAGUGACAUUGCCUAAUCCCAUACCCACUAAUAGGCCCGGUGUUGAGCCAAAGCGUCCCAGUAGACCAGUAAAUAUAACUUCAUUUUCAAAACUUUCACCAACUGUAACUAAUGUGGUUACUGUUUCAUGGGCCUCAACAUAUGGCCGUUCUUAUGUUGCUGCUUUAUAUAUUGUUCGUCAGUUAUCAUCUCAAACACUUUUGCAGAGAUUAAAAGAUAAUGGAGUUAGAAAUCCUGAAUACACAACUGCUAUGAUAAAAGAAAAAUUGCAACAGGGUCAAGAUGCUGAAAUAGCUACAACUAGUUUACGAGGAUCUUUAAUUUGCCCUUUGGGUAAAGUAAAGAUGGAAUUGCCAUGUCGUGCUGUAACUUGUACUCAUCUCCAGUGCUUUGAUGCAUCAUUAUACAUUCAAAUGAAUGAAAAGAAGCCGAAAUGGAUCUGUCCUGUUUGUGAUAAGCCUGCUCUUUUUAGGACAUUGGCUAUUGAUGGACUCUUUAUUGAAAUUGCUUCAAAAGUUCCUUCUGAAUGCACGGAAGUGCAGUUCAAUGAAGACGGUUCGUGGACGCCAAUUAUCCCUGUAAAAGAACCUAAAGAAGCUAAAAAGACCAUUGAAAAACGUCCAAAAAAGAAUUCUAAACCAGUAGAAGUUGUUGAUAUUUCUGACAGCGACUCUGAAGAGGUAUGGUCCUAUGAUAUAGAUCCUCAAGCUGUUAAAACUGGAAAUUCUCCUGAUUUGCCUCCUCUUCCAUUAUCACCAAAUUCUCUAUUGUUUCCUACUUCACUUGCAAACUCAGAAUCGUAUCCUGUUUCUUUAACUCAAUCUUCCAAUCCUUUUCCUGAAUCACUUAGUAUGCCUUCAGAUGUUCAGAAUGAAACUUCUGAACCUGUAUGUGUUCUUCCUGAUCUUUUAUUGACUCAUAAUGAUACUUCUAUGCCAUCUACAUCCUCUUCGAGUCCUGGUCUGAACUCUACUUCUUUCCCUAAUAUGCCUUUUCUUAAUGAUGGUCCAUUUUAUUCAGCAGCAACUAACAGAUUUUCUGAUCAGUUAGGAUCUGUUAAUGGGAAUCAGAGUGCUGUGCCUCCCUCUUUUGACUUCUUAUCAUUAAUUCAGGGCUCUGAUGUAGAACCUCAAAAGAACAAAGAGUAUGAUAGCAAAGAAAGUGGUUCUUCACCGGAUGUUAUAUCAUUAGAUUAACAACACUAUAUUUGAAAAAUCACCUGCAUAUGUACAAAUUUAACUAUAAAUGAAAAAAUAAUUACCAAAGAAAAUAGUUAUGGAGCUUAUUCUUAAAUCUAUGGAGAUAUUCUGGACCAAACAUUAGAAAAGCAAAUCAUUUUUUUUUUCUCUCUUUUCAAUAAACAAUGUAUAAAUGUUAUCAUCACAGAAAUUCUAGACCCUCUAAGUAACAGAAAAACAGUAUUUUAAUCAUUAAUGAGUUUUUCAAGCAUGGUAUGAAUUAAAUUUUUUAUAUUUUUCCUUGAAAGAAAUCUUUAUUUAUAGGUUGUAUUUAAAUAAAAAAAUGUGGUAUUUUCUGAUUGUCAUGACAACAGUUGCAACAAAGCAUAAAUAUAAGGGAAAAGUAACUAUGAUGGAAAUUGUGAGGAGCAUAAAUGAGUUCUGAAAUCACAGAAAUUUACAUAAAUUUCAUUUCCACUUCCAAAACUUGUAUAGCAACCAAAGGUUUGCUAUAUUUUGUGCAACUGCUAUUAUUUUUAAUGGGAACAGUAUCAAAAUAUUAUUUAACUUGGGAAUUCAUUAUCUAAUUCUUUCAUAGAAUUCUGUAAAACAGUAAGAUUUAUAACUAGAAAUUCUAUUAUUUAGAGGGUUAGCAUAGGUAAUAUUAUAUACAUAAGAAUAAAUUUCUUAUGAGAGGUACAAUAUAUAUCUGUAAAAGAUGUAAAAAGUGUCUUAGGAUAUAAUUUGCAAUUCAUCUUUAUUUUUUUAAAUUUUUUUUAGCCAAUACAGCCAAUUCAUUUGUUUAUUCAAAAUAUAUUUAUUUACUACUUCUUUUAAUGUGUUUUUUGGUAUUGAAGGAAUGUUAUUAAACAUUGCAAUUUACUAAUUUUGUUUAUUCCUUUAAAACUACCAAAAAAUAUUUGACAAAUUUACUAACUUAAUAUAUAGCUUUAUUCCAAGUCAAAAAUAGUGAAAGCUGUACUAUACAAAAUAAGUAAAUUAACAUUCCUAAUUUAACAUGUGUAUUUAGAGAAAAAUAUAUUUAUUUAACUCAUAUGUAAGGUUCAUGUGUUUAAAAGUAUUAUUUUUUGUUUAUUUAUUUUUAGAUUAUUUGUAUGUUUCUGUAUGGCAUUAGUAUUGUAAAUAUGCAUAAUUAAUGAGUGCUUUAUCCAAUA